AUGAAGUACUGCUACCCACUGAAGAAAGUUUGGAAAAUGGAAAUGAAUCCUAUUGUGAUAGAUCAUGGUUCGUUAGAUAUAAUUAAACAACCGGACACUCAGUCUCCUAUUAAGCUACAUUUGGACUACGCUGGAACGAUUAAAGAUAUGUAUGAGAAUCAAUCUUUAUUAUCGAAUAAACUCACUGAUAUUGAAAAAGCUGACCUGGACCCAGUCAAGCUUUUAACUAUGGGCGCGGAAAAUGAGAGGAAGAUUAGAGGAGUUUUGAAAAAGAAAACUAACAGUAUUAAACCUGGGGCGGUAAAGGAAAUCACAGCGUGUCUGGAUGCCUUGUCUUAG